UGAAAAGUCGUCUGCAUCAGUCACUUUCAAGAGUGAUUACAUAAGGUCAGGACAUUGGAUCGGUUUGCAGAUAUUUUGAGUUAAACAGGACGAUGGAGGAUCAGGUCGUCGAAGAAAAUAUCGUGGAAAGUGAUGAAGAGGAGUCCUUCUUCCAAGACAUUGAUAUGCUGCAAAACCAUGGAAUUAAUGUGGCUGAUAUAAAAAAACUUAAGCAAGCUGGAAUAUGUACCGUUAAGGGUGUACAGAUGACAACAAGGAAGAAGAUGUGUAACAUCAAAGGAAUAUCAGAAGCCAAAAUGGAAAAGAUAAAAGAGGCUGCCACAAAGCUCUGUGACCCAGGAUUCUUAACAGCUUUGGAAUAUGCUGAUAAACGAAAACAGGUUUUUAAGGUUUCAACUGGCAGUGUAGAGCUAGAUAAACUACUCGGAGGUGGUAUGGAGAGCAUGUCCAUAACUGAAGCAUUCGGAGAAUUCAGAACUGGGAAGACUCAGUUGUCGCACACGCUCUGUGUUACAGCGCAGCUGCCAGGGGCUAAUGGAUAUACAGGGGGGAAAGUCAUUUUCAUUGACACAGAAAAUACAUUUCGACCAGACAGACUAAGAGACAUUGCUGACAGGUUCAACCUUGACCAGAGUGCAGUUUUGGAUAAUGUUUUAUAUGCCAGAGCUUAUACCAGUGAGCAUCAAUAUGAAAUACUGGAUUUUGUGGCUGCAAAGUUUCAUGAAGAGGCUGGAGUUUUCAAGUUGUUGAUAAUUGAUUCCAUCAUGGCUCUGUUCAGAGUAGAUUACAGUGGUAGAGGUGAACUUGCUGAUCGUCAGCAGAAACUAGCUCAGCUGCUGUCAAGACUUCAGAAAGUGUCUGAAGAGUAUAAUGUUGCUGUCUUUGUCACCAACCAGAUGACAGCUGAUCCAGGGGCGACUAUGUCUUUUCAAGCUGAUCCAAAGAAACCUAUUGGUGGAAAUAUUCUGGCUCAUGCAUCAACAGUGAGAAUAAGCUUACGGAAAGGAAGGGCUGAAAACAGGAUAGCAAAAAUAUAUGACAGUCCAGACUUGCCAGAAAACGAGGCAACAUUUGCCAUCACCACAGGAGGAGUUGCAGAUGUGAAAGAGUAACACUAUCCAGAGAUAAAAUGACAUUUCCGAAUGUAUGCAGUAUAUUGUUGUACUGAAAGAAAGAUUUCUUUCUGGUAGUACAUGCCAUGUAUGUGAUAUAAUUGUUUGCAUUUAAUGCUUAUAGCCGCUCAAAUCUGUGAUCUUGUAAAAUGAAAUUCUGUCAUUUAGUUUUUGGUAGUUUAUACAUGGUUGUUGCAAUAGUAUGUGACCUGUACACGUACUCUCAUUUGCACCACUAUCCAAAAUAAUCUGCGAACUACUAAAAACUGUUUUCCAUAUUAUUACAAUAUUACACUUGUAUGAUGCCUGUAGGCCAUCAGUUAGGAAGUUGGGGGGCCUCCGUGGCUUAGUUGGUUAGCGCGCUAGUGCA